AGAAACAGGGCUUGGUUCUGUCAGACUUCAUCCACAUAAAAGCCCAGGCUGCCAUUGGAGAACCCGUUGGCAAGACGAGCGAACAGGAGGAAGACGCAGGAGAUAUAUAGGAAACGCAGUGUCCAUCACUUCAGCCGAUGUAACCAGACAGCUUAUGCUGGACUCAGUUAUUAUAUAGCAGCAACUUCGUCAUAAAAAAAGAGGCAGAGGAAGGCGAGAAAAUGGGACAUACUGCAAUACCUAUAUUGAUGGCUGUAUUGUCAUUAUGCGUGCGGAAAAACGUCGAGGCUUUGGCCAUGGCCGAGGUGAACGGGCCAGUCCCCCAGGUGGCCGAGCCGCAGAUUGCCAUGUUCUGUGGCCGUCAGCUCCUGCACAUGAACACACAGACCGGCCAGUGGGAACCGGAUCCUCAGGGCCGCCAGGGCUGCUUCAAAGAGCCCAGCCAAAUCCAGUCCUACUGUCAGGAGAUGUACCCAGGGCUCUCAAUCUCCCAUAUAGAGGAGUCCAAAAGACCAGUCACCAUCCCUGCCUGGUGUAAGAAAGGUUGGGGGCACUGCCAGACACACCCGUUCAUAGUCCUGCCCUACCGCUGCCUGGAGGGCGAGUACGUAAGCGAAGCCUUGCUCGUGCCCGACCGAUGCCGUUUUCUCCACAAGGAGCAGAUGGAUGUCUGCGAGAGUUUCGUGUACUGGCACAACAUUGCUAAGGAGGAGUGCACUUCAGACAAUCUGGAGCUCCACAGCUACGGGUUGCUGCUGCCAUGCGGGGACCAUUACCGGGGUGUUGAAUACGUGUGCUGCCCAGGACGCGGAAGUUCUGGUGAUAAAGGAGACGCAGAAGAAAGAGACGUCCCUGCUGGUCCUAAGACACUUGCAUUCCAGACGAGUGGAAAACUCAGCUCUGUAACCAAAGUGACAGCACCCACUCCAAGCCCCUUUCCUGAAAUAGAUCUUGAUGAUGAUUUGGAAUUUGAAGAUAAUGAAGUGGUAGAAGACGAAGACGAGGACGAGGAGCAGGAGGAAGAGGAGGAGGAAGAAGUUGAUGAGGAUGAGGCAGAAGGAGAGGAGGAAGAAGAGGAAAUGGCCACGAAGGAUACAGAGUAUGAAUACCCUAUCGACUCGGGUCCCUACCAAACAUCGGACUACUUGGACACCUUCUACUAUGAGAAAAGCCAAAAACCCACCACCUCUUCUCCUCUGAUGAAGGGAGACAGCCUGACUACAGCUAGGCCCACAGAUGGUGUCGAUGUUUAUUUUGAGAAGCCAGUAGACGACACUGAACAUGCCAACUUCCUUCGUGCCAAAACAGACCUGGAGGAACGCAGGAUGAAGCGCAUCAAUGAGAUCAUGAAGGAAUGGGCAGAAGCAGACAACCAGUCAAAAAAUCUGCCAAGGUCAGAGAGACAGGACCUGAAUGAGCAUUUCCAGUCUGUGCUGCAGACGCUGGAGGAGCAAGUCGCUGGAGAGAGACAGAGACUUGUGGAGACUCAUCUUGCCCGAGUUGAGGCCAUUCUCAACAACAACCGCCGCCUGGCCCUGGAGAACUACCUGACAGCUGUACAGUCUGAUCCCCCUCAGCCAGAGCGUGUGCUGCAGGCGCUGAAGCGCUACAUGGCUGCAGAGCAGAAGGACCGCAGACACACACUGAGACAUUACCAGCAUAUUGUGGCAGUUGACCCCCAGAAGGCCGAGCAGAUGAAAUUCCAGGUGUACACACACCUUCAUGUGAUUGAGGAGAGAAUGAACCAGAGUCUUGCCCUGCUUUACAAGGAUCCUACACUGGCUGAGGAACUGCACAGUGACAUUCAGGAGCUGGUCAGAGCAGAGCGAGGUGACAUCAGUGAGCUGAUGACCACCUCCUUCUCUGAGACUCGCACGACUGAGGAGCUUCUGCCUGCUGACAGCGAGGAGGAGAAGGAUGAUGAAGAAGAAGAGGAGAGAGCCUUCCAGAACAGGCCCUAUCCCCCUCGCAUUGAGCUGCAGCCUAACAACAAGAACGAUGAUGAAUAUGAUUACACUACAUCUGAGAGAGGCCCUACUUAUGAAUAUGAGGAAAAGAUCAACACGUCUGUAGAGCUCAAGCAGGAGAUCAGACCUAAUGAGAUCGCUAGAGAUGAACUGCAGCCUGAUGCGUUGGAGACAUUUAACCGUGGUGCCAUGGUGGGCCUGCUGGUCGUAGCUGUUGCUAUCGCCAUGGUGAUGGUAAUAAGCCUGCUGCUCGUGCGCAGGAAGCCAUACGGCACUAUCAGCCAUGGCAUUGUUGAGCAGGUUGACCCGAUGCUCACGCCAGAAGAACGACAGCUCAACAAAAUGCAAAACCAUGGCUACGAAAACCCCACCUACAAAUUCUUUGAACAGAUGAACUGAAGCGUCGGGGCAGCCAGCAAGUCAUGCCUGACCACACGUUGCGUCCCUCGACUCCUCCCAACAGUGAUGUCCCAGCUACACUCCCUAUGUUGGAUUUAUGAUAUGUCGCAAAUGUAAAGUAACUGAAUAAGUACGGGGGUACUUCCCAAACCCACUGUAAAUGACCCGACAACAACCAAUCAUCCGAUUCAUCACCUAUAAUGUAAUACUCCUUUGGCUUAGAGUCUGAGGAUGUUUCUUUGCAUUAGCAGUGUCACAACAUUUCAUAAUCCUAAAACCAUUCACCUCCUCCCAGUGGCAUGACUUGACCUACUGCUCUUCGUGAGAAGCUGAAUUUGAACGGUGCAUAAUGCUUUAUAGUAUUUAUUUUCAGUAGUAGUGUCUCUGUUCAGAUUGUACCACAGUUAGAUGUGAUGUAUCUGUGUAGAUGAGUGUGAGUGACAGCUGAGUUUAAACAUGGCAUAAAUCCCAAUUUAAGUAAGAGUUAGUGAUAAAAACAAAAACAUUUCCAGUGUAUUCUUAAACUAAACUUACCUCCAUGAGCUACUGUUUCAUCGCACAGUGCAAAGCACGACUACAUUAGGCAAGAAUGGGGAGGUGUUAACUUUGAAUGUGUCAGACAUUAGGCUUUGAUUGGAAACACAGAAAUAGGCCACACUAAUCGAUACAGAGCUAUGUGCUGGUGGUACAAAAGAAAAAUGUUUUUUUUUAAAAAACAACAAAAAAAAAACACCAAAUAUUUAAUUUAGCUUAUUUAGUCAGUGAAUGAGUUUGUUUUAUUUGUUCUGCUAUCUAAAGAACUGUAAAACAGAAUAAUCAGAAGUCCGUUAUUUUGAUGAAAGCAUGACAACUUGGUGUAUGAUGCUGCAGUAUUUAUUUGUGUUGUUCCUGUCAUUGCUUUUGAAAAGUCGGAAAUGUCACAGUUCAAAAUGGACACUGUAAAUAACGUAAGAAGUACAUACUGCUAGAUGUAGACAUUUCUAUGAUUAAUUUGCAUUGAUGUAAUGGAAUAAUACAUAAAAAUAGUACAUUGUGCUGUUAUGAGAAGGAGAAACAUUUUCCUAACAUGGCUGAUUGAAAACGGACUGUUGUAAAAACCAGCACAAGACAACGACACAGCAACUACUUUCUGAAUGUAUUUAAGGUAGAUGUUGAGGCUCCAUCUUCUUUUCGGUACUGCAUCAUUCCCUUAGAAAACCUUAGUAGGAGUAGUUAACUUCAGCACCUCCAACAGACUACAUGCCUGAUGCCCUUUCUCAUCACCUUGUGUAGCAGCCUGUUCAUCGUCACAUCUUUUGGCAGGUUUGAAUUAGAGCGGAGCGGCUUAACGGUUAGACGUAUCGUACCGCACAGAGCAGUGAGUGGAAAGAGGGCACAGCUAUAGUAAUGUGAAGUGUCAGCGUGUGCAGUAACUCCCAAAAAACUGACCACACUCUGGCAUGAUAGUCGUACUGUUUAACACCUUUGAACACUACAACAUUUGAGCGUUAGUAAUCUAGUAUAGACGCUGUACUUAAGUUCCUAUCAUCAUCAAGAAGCUUUUCACUAAAUGAUUCAUGGUAGUUUGUCAUAUUUAUGAACAACAUACUACACCAUAUAGGUACUACAAAAAGGGACUGUCCCCCCUUUUUUUCUGAUUAAUUGUUAAGUGCUUAGUGUAUCGAUUUGAUUUCAUUUAGCAACAUCGUGUCACAUCGUCUAGGUUAAAAAGGUCACGUUGUGGGAUGUUGCUUUUGAUUCAUCAGUCUUUAACUAUGUGCGACAUAGUGCAGAAAAUCAGUACCAAAAUCAGGUUAUAGUUUGUUUAUUUCUGGGUGACAUUUACUGUAAAAACAAAAAACAAAGACAGCAAGAAAGAAAAGCAGCUUUUGUUCACUGUAACGAGCGUUAGAUUUGUUUUUGUGUGAAGCUUGUUUUGAAAUAAGCGAGAGAUUUUGACUAUUGGACUAUCCAAUCUUCUGUUUCUUCUUGUUAGGUGCGUUCAUUGCAGGUUGCGGUCGUGUUAUGACAGGUAAAGAGAAGUCAUAGCUCCUGUAUAAUUUGUACAGCUACGUUAGUGAAUGAAAACAUUGUACGUUCGCAGUUUAAGUCAGUUGAUCUUGUAAUGAUACUACUGAAACCAUAGAUGAGAAUAAGCUUGCCUGUGUUUCCCAAACCACUGAAGGUUUCCUACCAGCAUUUAGCAGACUUAGAACGGUGUAUACUGUAGUUACUCAAAUCACAUUUGUACUUAUGUCCUCUGUCGAAUUCUAGACUUCUUUGUUGGUCUGUCCCCCUUACUUCCCAAUGAACUAUAAACAAUGUUAUUGAAAUUUUAAUUGCUGCAUUAUUGCCUUUUACAAUGCUGUGUUUUGGAUGUAAUGAUUCUGUAUUUUUUAUUUGUAUGUAAUAAUCAUUUGGAUCAAGGGUCGUGCUUUUCACGUGUAAUUUUAGAAGCUUGGACAAGAAACACUGACAAGUAAAUGUGAACUACAGACAGACACAUUGCCUCUGCCUAAUUGACAAGGGGUGGCACUAAGCACAAGAUGAGCCAAAUUGAUCUAAUUGCGUACAGAUUGCUAAAUGUUAGACACCGAUCCCGUCUGUCUGGAUUCAAUUAUACUGCAGAAUUUUAGGGGUGUUGAUAGUAAUGUUGGUCUUCAUUUUCAUUAAGAGUUUUAACCAAAGACAUGAUCCAUAAAUAAUGAGACAGAUCAUCAAAUUUGGCAAACUGUUUUCCUGUGUAACUGUACUGCAAGCAAUCUGACAAACUGAAACUGGUGAAGCUAAUUAACAGUCUAAUAAAAAUGAGUGACCCAUAAAA